GUGGCGUCACAAGGAUGCCUUCUCUCCUUGACAGCUGCCGGGCAGCCCUUUAAAUGGGCAUCGAGGAGAACCGUGCCGUGGCAUGGCGAGACCGACACUGGGAGAACACGACUCCGGAGCAACCCUUACAAUCACGACAAUAAAACAGCGGGCAAGCAGGGCUGGAUUCUGUCGGCAAAAACCGCAACCUGAGGGCAGAACGCGACCGGACAGGACCGGACAGGAUUCAUUCUGUCUCUGCGGACUUCAUACGCUGUCCUGACACUGCUCUGCCGUCUGAAAGCAUAUCAUUAGGUGACAAGGCAGGACUUCAUUUAGACCCUAGGCAAGCACGGUCCCGAGUGUUCUGGAGAGGCGCUGGCAAUGCGGAACUCCAUGCUGACGUGCUGUUUUGUCCCCCCCCCUCCCUCAGGAGACGAGGAGCGUGCCCCCCCCAACAUGGAAGCCCCCCUGAAGAAGCACCUCUUCUUCUUCGACUUCGACGAGACCAUCGUGAACGAGAAUAGCGAUGACUCUGUGGUGCGUGCGGCACCAGGACAGACUCUGCCCGCCUGGCUGCGGGAGACGCGGCGUGAGGGGCACUACACCGAGUACAUGGGGCGCGUGCUGACCUACAUGGGGGAGCAGGGCGUGCGGGAGGAAGGUUUCCGCGCUGUUAUCGAGAAGAUUCCCGCCUCCCCGGGUAUCAUGAGCCUCUUCCAGUUCCUGAAGGCCAACCAGGACCUGUUUGAGAUGGUCUUGAUCUCCGACGCCAACUCCUACGUGAUCGAGACCUGGCUGAGCGCGGCCGGGCUGCGCCCGCUGUUCCACUGCAUCCUCACCAACCCCGCCUCCUUCAACUCCCGCGGCUACCUCUCCCUGCAGCCCUGCCACUCGCACGCCUGCCCGCGCUGCCCCGCCAACAUGUGCAAGCGCAAGCUCCUGGGGGAGUACCUGGCACAGCGGGUGGAGGAGCGCGGCGGCCGGCCCUUCGACAGGCUGUUCUACGCGGGCGAUGGGGCCAAUGAUUUCUGCCCCUCGGUGCUGCUGGGUCCUGCGGACACGGCCUUCCCCCGCCACGACUACCCCAUGCACCGGCUGGUCAGGGAGAUGCAACAGAGCUCGCCCACCGCCUACGGAGCCAAUGUGGUGCCCUGGCACAGCGGAGACGACAUCCUGCACUAUCUGAGGAAGCUGCUGGGCAGGUAACCGCAGCAACAACACCCCCACCC